AUGAAUAAAGCACCCAUAUUUAAGAUCCCCAAGAACGUCCUUCACCCCGGUAGAAUACCGCGACAGCCAAUAUCUCCUCGAUUCACAACGACCUUCCGUCGAAAUAAAUCCUACUCCUCUCAGAACUCAACCUCGACCACCAAUAUGGUCAGCAACCCGCCACCAAACGAGAUGGUGUACCUGCCGGGUAUCCUCUCGCCAUCCCGGUCCUUCGGUGUCUUCCGCAAGGUCAUCCACACAGGCCUCUACUCGCAAUUCGUCGCGAUGGAAGUCCCCGUGAAUGGAGAAAUCGGCGACGAGAAACACGCCGUCGACCAAAUCCUGCUUUUCACACACGGCACUGGCAAGGCUAUCGUGGCCGGGAAGGAACAGACCGUCAAGCAGGGCGACGUGGUGAUUGUCCCCGCGGGCACGCAGCACCAGUUCCUGAAUGCCGGUGAUGUCCCCUUGGAGGUGGUUACCAUCUAUUCACCCGCUGAGCAUGACCCGCACACUGUGCAUUCAACGAAAGAAGAGGGGGAUAAGCAGGAGGAAGCUGGGGAGGAUGAGGCGCCGCUGUGGAGUCAGAGGGGGAGGGAGGAGAAUGAGAAGUUGGGGAUUGUGAGGGUUGAGUAA